AUGGAUUUACAUCAGCUAGAAGAUAGAAGUGAUAUUAACAGUGAUUCUGAGCGGCUUGAAGCUUCACCAAGGUCUCGAGGAAAGGUGAAACACAUGAAAGCUUAUUUUGAACCCCAUGAGACCAGAGAUGAUGACCUGCCACACUUCAGUUUAUCAAAUUACCAGACCUCCGUGCAGAGCUUCACUUCUGAUGCUGAAGUGAAGUUCUCCAGGUUUGAUAUCCAUACUUCAGUAGAAGAACACAAGGUUUGUCCUGAGUGUGGCGACUUUCAGACUGAAUGUAAAUGUAAACAGCCAAAGGCCCCUCAAAAAGAACUUCCUGAGCCACAGAGGACUACUUCAUCAAAAAGUGAUACAAGACCUAGUGAAUGCAGUUUCAUUUCAAAUGCCAGUCUCAGCACUUUGCUGCCCCAUCCGAGCUCUUCUUCCAACGAUCUGUUUGGAAGUGACGCCUCACUUGUAUUGGGAUCUUCUCAUGGAGAUGGGAAGCAUCUUCAGGAAACAGAUGCAAAGAUUGGUUAUAUCAAACCUAAGGGACUGCCAACUCCACGUGUCACUUAUGCUUUUGAGAACUGCUGCCAGUUCUUAAAGAGCAGUCCAUAUUCUAUGGCUAAGAAACUUCCUGAGGCACAUGCUCAAUUGGGAAAGCAAGAAGAACAUGGCUUGGAAGCAGGUGAUUAUUGUAGGAUUGUGCCAGAAGAUAAAUGCAAGCCAAUUGAAGAAGAGGAUGCUCAGAUAUGUGUAAAUAGGGAAAAUUUCGUUUUGCCUGAUGAUUCAGUCUCAAGUCUCCUUCUGUUUCCUCCAUCUGAUGGCGUCUGUAGUGAAGAUAACACACAGCAAAAUCAGGAAGAUUUAAGUCGGACAUCUACCUCUGAUAUUCUUUCAAUGCUUGAAAAAGAAGAGGACCAUUCGACUGAAACUGCAAAUAGAGACAAUAAUUUCAGUAUUAACCAGGAAGGUCAUAAAGAGAGGGAGAAAGUGCCUGAAGAAGAGAAAAUGAUAAAACAGGAAAUAAACAUUCAACUCAAGCUUAAAGUGAAAGAAACUGAAACAAGCAGCAGAACAGAUAACAUUCUGACUGAAUUGUCACAAAAAGUAAACACAGAAAUCUUAACCCCCUGUAAUGAUAUAUGCAAAACAGUUGAGAGUAUUCCUACAAUGCAAAUGGAUAACUUAGAAGAAAGUCCACAAAAAGCAAUAACAUUGCAGAUUUUUGAACACUCUUCAGCACCAGAGGAUUUAACAUAUGAAAAAAUCAAGGAAACACAAGUUCAAAAGUCUGAAGAGGAUGUAAAAAGUUAUGAUGACCAAAGUAGCAUUACUGAUGGUGCUGAAUAUGAUAACACAAAAAGUGAUGACACCAGUGUUGUAAACUAUCAACAACCUGACCAAAUUUCAGAUUUAUCAGAACUUCAAGAUGAAUGGGUAUCUGAUCUUCAUGAUACUACUCACUUAGCAACAAACAAAUCUUUAUUUGGUGAGUGUUCACAGAGUUUAUUACUUGAGGAUGAGGAUGGAAGUCCAAAGAUUAUUAAAUCUGAUAUAAAUAAGGAUGAUCUUCAUAUUACUGAGUGUAAAGAGAAUCUCAGUGAGAACAGCAAGCAGAUAGUACUACCACAAAGUCACUACCAUGAAUAUGAAGAUCUGAACAUAUCAGCUAAACAUUUAUUACAGCACCGGCAUAAUGACUGGACUCUAGCUCAUGAAAACAUGACUGACAUAACAGAGAAUGAGUCCUUCUAUGAGAACUCUGAUAAUGUAUCACUUGCUGAAAGUUCUCCUAAGUUGGUUGUCUAUGGCUCUAGUAAGGAUGCUUUAAAGAAAGUGAUACACAAUCAAAUUUUCUUCCCAAAGAAUGAUCAACUAGGAUACUUGAAGAGUGGAAAAAUUACUGAUCAGGAUAAUGUGAACUCCCUGACAACAUUCUUAUCUGACAAAUAUUCCACCCAAGAACAACUUGCCAAUUAUUUUGAUGAGCUCGACAGUACCAGGUGUAAACUAAUGCAAGAUAUCCUAAAGAAAGAUGACAAAAUGGAUCAAUUAAAGAAAAAAAUUGAUGUGCUAGAAAGUGAAAUAAGAUUUGAAAAGACAGAGUUGGUAGCAGACCUUUCUCAUGCAGACAGGCCACAGUCUGCUGCUACGAAAGAGAAUCUUAAUGUUGUCGCACAAUGUUUUGUGCAUCCAGUUAUGAAAUCUCAAAGAAAAGUGUCCAAGGAAUAUGGAAUAGUAAGAAAAAAUUCACAGAGGACUCAGAAAAAGCUGAAAUUCAGUCCAGGUAGGUCUACUUUUCUUGAAGGUCUGAAUGAAGGUGAUCUGGUUGCUGAGAUGUCUGCUGAGGAAAUUUUUCUCAAGGAAAAGUGUGCUGAACUAAGAGAGAAAAUUCAGAAAAUAGUUACUGAAAUAACAUCACUGAAAAAUGUAACUGACAAACACAGACAUGAGUAUGAAUGUGCAGUAAUGGCACAGAAACAAGCUGCAGAGAGAAUUAGUUUUCUGAAGGAAAAGAUCUUGACAGCAGAACAAGAAUGCAGAAAGGCAAAUUUAGUAAAAGAAGAAUAUGCUGAGAAGGAGCAGCAAAUAAUUUUAUAUGAACAACGUUUAAAUGAAGCCCAAAAUGAUUUAGAAGAAUUGAAGACUAUGGUGCAAGAACAAGCAUCUCAAGCUGAGAGCUAUAAGAAUAAGUAUCAUCAGGCUGAACAAGAACUUAAAGAACUGAAACACAAACUUGAAACUACAGAUGCACAAAAUAAGUUUAUGAUAAAUAGUGCUGAAUCUGAAGUACAAAGAGUAAAGAUUGUCAUAAAAGCAUUUUAA